CUAGAUGCGUAUUUGGGAUUGAGCCGCGAAUCCUAGUACAGCCUCGGUGUGUUCUUGUUUGAGCCAGGAAUGCGUUUUUCCACUGGUCACUAACAGAAUAUUCUGGAAUAAAAUGAAAUUUUAUUUUUAUUUUUAUGAAACAGAUAUUUUCACAGGAAGCUCUUGAAGAGGAGUGAAUCGCACCUCCUGCUGAAGCCAUGUCGCAGUUUUUCUCCUCAGAGGAUGAGGCCGAGCUCCAGUCCCUGCUCAGACAGCUUUUGAAAAGCGUGCGAGAGCGAAUCGCCAACGCGCCGUCGGUGGAAAGCGUCGAGGAGUUCCUGCUUCACCUGGAGGAGACCGACAAGAACUUCCACAAUUAUGAGUUUGUGAAGUAUCUGCGUCAGUACGUGGAGAGCAGCCUGGGGGCCGUUAUCGAGGAGGAAACGGAGAGCUGUUCCAAGGGCGAAGGGCACGGCGCCGGGUCCGGGUCCGGGUCUGGGUCUGGCCAGGACACGCUGGUCCAUGCCGUGACUAGAAGAACCAGAGAAUCUGCACAAUAUAAGCAGAUGAUGCAGACCUUAAAGCAGGCCAUGACGGCGAUCGUGGAGUCGCUGCUCAACAAAUUCGAGGAGGAUCAGCUAAAGAACGAGGAGACCUGUGUCACCAAUCCACGCGAGCCCUCGAGCAGCCAUUACACGGACAACUGCUCUGACAGCGACUCCUCUUUAAACCAGAGCUACGGCUUCAUCAAACAGGAGCAGCUCCAGGUGAUUUCGGAGAAGCUCGACCCGAGCAGGUCGAGAGAGGUACGCUGGGAAGCCCUGCAGCUGCUGUGCUGUGCUCCUCCUUCUGAUGUUCUGAGCUGCGAGAGCUGGACAGGUCUACGGCGAAACCUCACAGCUGCCCUCGCAGACCCUGAUCCCGACCUCAGCGACAAAGUAUUGCGCUUCUUUGCAAAGACAUUUUCUACCUCCCCUCUGAAUGUGACGAGGGAAAUCUACACCAGCUUGGUGAAAAGUCUGGAAAGCGACUUCCUGUAUCACAAGCUGAGUUUCCCCUCUGAGUCUGCACACGUGGAUGCAAACCGAUCCGACAUCACACGGCUCCUCAAACAAACACGCCUAAUGAACGACUUUCAGAAAGAAGUGACCACAUUCUGGAUCCGGCAUCCCGAGAAGUACAUGGAGGAAAUAAUCGAGAGCACACUCGCUCUUCUGUCUCUACACGACAUGUCUGCUCACGGCUCGGACAAAGUUCUAGAGCCGGUCCACUUCCUGGCUCUGUUGGACAUCAAAGCCAGUUGGUUCAAGAGGUGGAUGCAUGGCUACUACAGCAGGACAGUGGUCUUAAAGCUUCUCGAGCGGAAAUACAAGGCAGUGAUAGCUUCAGCUCUUCAGCAGUGCAUUUAUUACUUGGAGUCCUGUGAUGCAGUUAGAGAGGGAACAUUGGAUGUCGGUCAUGCCAAGGAUCCUCAGCAGAUAGGCUCCGCUCAGAGGAGCUGUUAUAGCGCGAAGGAGCUGGAGUACGCUCACUUCGUUCACUCGCUCUGUGUUCUCGGGAGGCUUCUGAUGUACACAAACGGCAGAAAGCUCUUCCCCAUUAAAGUGAGGAAGAGAAGAGAUCCUGUGACAUUGAGUGACUUGGUGGUGAUACUGAUUAACAUCUUGUAUCAGCACCCCAACACACAUCACUCCGACUUGAAUCACGCAGACUCCUUCUCCCCCACUGCUCUGGUGAUGGAGGUACUGAGGACUCUGUGUGAGCGCACUGAAUGCGCUGUGGAGUGUAUCUACCAGAUCCCCGUCAUCGAAACCCUGCUGAUUCCUAUCCUUGCUCUGCUCAAAGGAAAACAGGCCAAAUUGCACUCUCCAGAAAGCAGCCUGACCCACAUAGCAGACACGCUCGCGAGAAUCGCAACGACCGAACGCGGGUUAGCUCUUUUCCUGUAUGAGAGGAAGAUCGUGAAGGGUGAAGAAAACAAGGGUGAAGGUAUUCCGGCAGCUCACGUGAUCGUGCAGUUCACUCAGGCGCUGCUGGCGAAAGAGCUGCCUGCAUGCGAGGAGCUGCAGAACUCCGCCGCUGUGAAGGGGGCGUUCAUUUUUGUGUGCCGUCAGAUGUACAACACAUGUGAGGGGCUGCAGGUGCUCAGACCCUACAGCUUGCAUGAGUGCAUAGCCCAGGCAUGGAGAAAGGCAAGUUCGCUUUCAGAACGAAUUCCCACUCCUGUUCCUGGAGCUCCCGUACCAUCGUCCUCCCAGGACCUUCAAAGCAUAAUGGCUUGGGAUGAGAUGCUCCUGGACAAUCUGCUGAACUUUGCAGCCACUCCCAAAGGCCUGAUGCUUCUUCAGCAAACGGGAGCCAUUCACGAGUGUGUUGCCUACAUGUUCACCAGGUUUACCAAAAAGCUCCAGGUGAGCAGGUGUGAGAAGUUUGGCUAUGGGGUGAUGGUGACCCAGGUGGCAGCUACAGCCCCAGGCAUUGUUGCUCUACGCAGCUCCGGUUUUAUUCAGGCCAUAGUGGUGGAGCUGUGGUCAGCGCUCGAGUGUGGCAGAGAGGACGUGAGAGUCGUCCAUCCUAAAUCCAUUCCAAUGGAGCCUAUCGACUGGAGCUGCCUCAAAUCUUUCCUAACACUGGUGAACCUGCUGUCCUCUCCACAUGCUGUGCUGGAGCUGCUGGGACAUCAGGUGCUGCCCAACAAGACAGAGUACAGCCUGAGAGAAAUGCCCACCUGUAUUCUUGACGUGAUGGACCGCCUCGUCGUUAUCAACUCCGACGCCAAAAUCCACUCCCUGUUCAACUACGAGCAGUCGCACACAUUUGGCCUGAGACUCCUGAGUGCCAUGUGCUGUAACCUGGACUCGCUUCUGCUCCUGGAGUCUCAGUACAAACUCUCGGAAAUUCUGCUUCAGAAUCAGAAGGACAACGUUGUCGAGACCUCAACUGGAGAAGAUGAGGUUAUCAUUGAUGGUAUUUCUGUGGAGAGGAACCACCUCCUGGUUCGGAUGAAUGUGGUCGGUGGUCCAUCUGAACGGAAACUCCCCGCCAGGGAACUGCAGAAGGGAGAUAAUCCAUACCCAUGGCUGAUAUUCUCAUCCCUCCCCGGACUCGCAUGUUACACCCUCGAAAUGCCAAAGACCUCCUGGACUAAACAAGACUCUGAGGUCAGCGCUUUCCUGUCUUCCUCUAAGGAUGGUGAGAGAGACGAGAACUGGAUGGAGAACUGCAGGAGACACUUGUGCAAAGCCAUGAUCAGCAAAUCCAGAGUUCUUACAGGAAGAGUGUUGGCCGAUCUUCUAGAGAGGGCCGUGCUGCAUCUUUCCUCCUCCCCACCUCACUGCUUUUUCCCACCCGCAGAAUACAAAGUUGGUGAUCAUGACAUAAAGGCUCGCAAUCUGACGCCCGUGGAACAGCUGGGCAUCGGCAUGGCUCACAGGUACGGCUCACUGCUGAAGUUAGUGCGAGAGGAUUCAGAGCAGGAUCUCUGUCUUCUCAUCAAACACUGUCAGGAGUUCCUGUCACAGCAGCGCACCGCAAUCCAGUCUGAUCUCUGUUAUUUGCAGGGCGGGUACCCUGGUCACGACUGGCUCUGUUCCACCAUUUUCCUCCUGAUGGGCGGCGACGUAGGCCGCUCUCUCAACCUGCUGCUGCGUUUCUCCCGGCUGCUGACAUCAGCCUUCCUCUGGCCUCCUCGAAUCUACCGAUCUGAGCACAUUCCAGCCGAGAUGGCUCAGUCGGGCGUCCCCCCUCUGUACUCGUGCACCGCUCACUACGUUGAGAUGCUGCUAAAAUCCGAAGUGCCUCUGGUCUCCUCCGCAUUCAGGAUGUCCGGCUUCACUCCGUCCCAGAUGUGUUUGCAAUGGCUCACUCAGUGUUUCUGGAACUACCUGGACUGGCCUGAGAUCUGCCACUACGUGACCACGUGCAUCAUCAUGGGCGUCGACUACCAAGUGUACAUGUGUGUUGCCGUGCUGAAGCACCUCCAGCAGGACAUCCUGCAGCACACACAGACUCAGGACCUGCAGCUCUUCCUUAAGGAGGAUCCCAUCGAGGGCUUCAGAGUGGGCGAUUAUCUGGAGUACAUGGAGAGCCUCGAGCGCAGAUACAGGUCCAUGGUUCUCAUCGACAUGAGGAACAGCUUGCUAAAGAACACUUAGUAUUCAAAGAACCGGUAAAAAACUUUCGACGGAUUGAUUGGUUUUGGGUGCAGAUUGGAAUUUUGUACAAUGGCCUUUACAGCUAACUCUCUAUUAUUAAAUUAUUUAAAUACCAUUGAAA